AUGCCUCCGAAAUAUGUUGAUCUCUACAAUCAAUGCUGGUCUUCAGAUUCAUGCAAACGUCCAACACAUUUCGGUAGAAAUGUUAAUGGAAAUGGUUUUAUUCUGGGAACAGUAAUUAUUUUAGGAAAUAAUAGUUUUUUAGAAAUGGAAAAAAUAAGGCAGCCAAUACCAAUUAUCUAUCUUCUGAAGGAAAAUGGAAUAGAAACAGAACAUGAUAACGUACAUAUCCACAUUUCAACUUUAUCUUUACAUUAUAAAUAUGUCCCAACAGAAGAAUUUAUUCAGGAUAUUAGAGAUAAAACUGAGAAAAAAACAAACUUGACGAGAAAUUAA